UUCUAAAAGCCAAGAGCAGCACACACCAGUUCCCUCAAACUUGGUGCCAGAUUGAUUAUCUCUCAGUUUCUUAUCUGUUUAUUAUAAAGAAACUAAAUCAAACUGUUUUGUGUUCUAGAUUGGCAGGCAGGGGUAUUUACUGUCAACAAGAGAGGGAGCAGAGGAGAUAAAAGCCUGGGAAGAAAGGGGAUUGUUCCUAGUCUCAGCAAAACUGAAUGCAAAGAAUGAGUUUGGGAGUUUGGGGAGAGGUUUGGGAAGGCUGGCUGACUAGAAGACAUCUUUGUCUUCUAAAAAGUUUCAAAUGUUUAAGUAGGAAAUAUGUUUUAGAAGAUUAGAUACACCUCAGGGAUGAUCUAGAAAAUGAUUCUAGACUUACAUGAGUGACAUUCAGUUUCUUCCCCCUCACCCAAAGUAAUUUGUCUUUUCAAAAAUGACAGAUAUGUUCUUAUGACUUCCAAAAGAUGACUGGAGUUAAGAGCCUGGAAGGAAAAGAUCCCAGUGUGGUUGGGACGGCCCCUUUGUUUUGCUCUCUGAAAAACUGGGAGGGGCAACGUAUGUAUAGUGGGCAGAAGCUUGAAGACAAACAGUGCACCAGCAUUUUGUAUGCAGUUAGAAUCAGCACAAGAACCUAAGGAUUAUGUUGCUACCAAAAAAGGGACCAUGGAAUUAACACAAGAAGACCUGAACUUUUAUCUUCAGAAUAAGGUGGAGCUGAGACAAAGUACCAUCUCCAAGACUGUAGAAGAGGUGAAGAAAAUCAUCCAUGAAUUGACCUCAGUAAUCAGUCUCAAAGACAUUAGAUUCCAACCCAUUUCUAAAUCAGACCUUUACAAUGAGAACAUAAAGGUUUUGGCUCCUAACCAGUUCCUUAUCACAGUCCCCCUUAAAGGACUGGUUGGGUAUAAAAAACAACAGAACCGAAGGUGGCGGUAUUAUUCCUUGAGUGGCUCUCCCCAGGUCUCUCCAGUUCGGGAUCCUGAAGAUUUGUACCAAUGGCUGGAAGUAAAUCAGUUUUUGAAGUCUCUGCAGCAGUGGCAUGAAAUGGAUGUGAUUAUGGAAGGAGACAUCAUACCAGCAAAGGUCCUUCAAGUGUUCCGGAAUCUGGUGGAUAUCUCAAUUAAGACCUGCAGCUGCUCUAGAAAAGCCAACCUACUAGAGUCUUAUGGUUCCACAGUUCGACUAGAGAUAGAGACAUCAGUAUGUCAGGUGGAAGUAGAAUUGGUUCCUGUGGUAGAGAUCUUCAACCAAUGGUGUGACAAGGCUCGGUGGCCUCGAUGUUUGAAGCGGUGGCCUUCUCGGGAGAAAGCAGAAUGUGUUAAGUCAAUUGGGUUUAGCCUGAUGGCUUGCUCCAGGUUCCACUGGCAAUUGAACUUCUCUCAAGCUGAGUAUAUGCUGAUGGAAGGGAUAGAUGAGGAUGGUGGUUGCCGAAAGAUAUGUUUCCAGGUCCUGAGGCAGAUGAAAGAGGAUGUUUGGUGUCCCGGAAACAGACCUAUCAUCACAUCUCAGCAUCUUAAGAUGGUUCUGUUUUGGACUUGUGAGAAGUACCCACAUGCCAAAGACUGGAAAAUUUUCACAGUAUCCUUUCUGCGCCUGGUCCGUAAGCUGCACAAGUGUGUGUCCCAGCACUUCUUGAAACACUAUUUUGUUGAUGGAAACAACAUGUUUCAGUAUGUCAGCAUAAAUGACUUGGAUGCCAUAGCCCAAAAGCUGACCCUUUUUCUAGAGAAUCCAGUACUCUGCUGGACCUGAGUGCUGGGAAGGGUCUCCAAGGCUUCCAGGGGUCAAUUCCUCUUGACCUUGCCUGACUUUUCCUUUGAGAUUCACUCAAGUGGAUGUUAGGACUCUGACCACUUCGCCUCCGUCCUGACAUCAGAAGAAACAUAAACCAAGAGCAUUUAAAACUGGAUCCUACAAAGUCCCACCCAUUUACCUUACCUGGUUUGGAUCAAAUAUUUCAUUUCUAAACUACCUCACUUGGGAGCUGAGCCUGGACAAGCCAAAGAUUGUGAACUUUUAAAUAAUUCUGUGUUUAUUUGCCCCUACUCAGACUCGUCACUGCCUAAUAGAGAGGGGAGAAUGGAGCUUGUAGACUUGAAUCAUGGUAAUAUGAUGUAUUUCCAUUUCACUGACUAGAGAUGUGCCAUUUAUUUGUCCAUUCCUACUUCUAUCCAUGCUUACUUCUCCAGGAUAUUGUGAAGCUACUGAUGCCCUUUCAGUAGAAAGACCCUUGAAUAGCCCAAAGUGUUAUUAGAAACAGACUUCUGCACCUAGGAUGAAGAGUUUACCUAUAUCAUCGAUGAAAAGAAUAGGUCUAAUAGCUACCUGUGUUAAUAUUUCACUAGCUGUUCUUAGUACUUUCCUAAUCUCUUUUUCAUCUGAGUCCCUUCCUUUAGCUUCUUCCAUAGGAAGAAAGAGAAUUAUAUCAAUGGCCUGCAAAUAUAUGAGAGAUCAAUGCUAUGAGUGGGUGUGGGAACUGGCUGCUAUUACUCAUGCCCAUUCCCUCUGAUGUGAUGUGUAGAUCAUGUCAAUUCUUAUUCAUGAACUGCAUGCACAGAUACCAUCUCCUGUCUUAUGGAGACCACUGCUCAGAGCUGAUUUGGAAGACAUGGUACCAGGCAAAGAGCAUUAACUAAAUCCAAAAGAGUGGAGAUCAAAUCACAUGUGGGAUCCUUGGAAACUCAUCUAAACUCCAUGGACUUCAGUGCCUGCCUCUGUAAAUUGAGUAGUUUGGAAUAGAUGAGCUCUCAGUCCCUUCCAGAUCUUGACCUAUAAUUCUAUGAUUUCAUGUGCUAGUUAAUUGUAAAUGUUUCUUGAUGCUUGGCUAAAGGCCAAAGAGCAGCUCUGAUUUUAAAUAUCAUUAAAAUCAGCAGGAAACCAAGUAUCCUAAGACUACAGUGAUUGUGCAGGAAUUCCAAAAUUUUGAGUCAAAAGCAAUGACUUCUAAUCCCUUCUCCAAUCAUGGAUUCCAUCUCCAUAUCUCCAAUGAAUCAUUGAAUAUCUUCUUAAAAACUCUAAAUUCAAAGGAACUCAUUACUUCUGAAGUGACCCAUUCCAAUUUUGAACAUCACUAAACAUGAGGAAGUUUAUUCUCUAUCUUAAUUGAAACCGAUCUCCUUGUAAUAUCCAUACAAUGCUUACAGUUCAUUUUUGCAACUGGCUCCAUGUGGCUGGGAAGCUGGAUCACCUCUACCUGCUGAGAGGCCCUUUGCUAAGGACUAAAGUUAUGCUGACCCAAUGAGAUCCAAAGAUUUUCUCACAAUUACACAUGUCAAGCAACCUAUAUGUCCUAUCUGAAAGUUGACCCCAUAUUGGCCAAUCAGGUGACUUCUUCUAUAUUCCUUUGAUUGUUAACAAAAAUGAGAGUGGAGUGGGAUAUCUCUUUUUCUGAUUCCAGGGAAUAGUACCUAUUUGCUCUCCCUACCUUCCCAAGUUGGUGUAUGGGGUGCUCAGGGAGGUGUAGUAUCUCUGGUAUGGAGGGCUUGUCGUGCCCUCCUAGGGAAGUUCUCCAGCCUCUAACCCCCACCUGACACCCAGCUUUCACUUGUGGCUCCCAGUAGCUGCUAGCAUGUGGCAGUGGCCACACCCCAGGCAACGGCUUCGACAGGCUGGCUAAACCUUGUGAGGGUAGCCAUCGGGUCGUCGUCGACCCCUGGUGAACCAGGGCUUUGCUCACCCAGCAUGUGAAGACUGCUUCUGCGGAACAGAUGGAAGAAACCAAUAAGAAGGUUCAACGGCUGAGAGGGCGAUGCAGCAAAGCACUGUGAAGUGCUUAGGGUGUGUUGGAGCACAAAGGACAACACGGCCAUCCAAUGCAGCUGAGGAAGUCUCCAGGUGUAACGACUUUUUGUGCCAAUGGACCCAGGCUUCCAAUGCCGAGAGAGUGGGACUGUCUCUGUGCAUCGACUUUUCCACUUAAAUCUCUUUCACGCACAAGUAUCUUUGUGCACACUCAUCUAUCAUAGAUGAAAAUGCACAAAGACAAUCGUCAUCCUCGGUUACCGAGAAACUAUGACUACUACUACCUUCCCAAGUUGGGAAGUCCCUAAUCUUUCCUCCAAUUAACGAUCAAUUUACCUAAUUUUGUGUCCUGUUUGUUUUCUUUCAAUUAAUUGGUGUUUUUUGAUUAAUCAUUUUUAUUUUUUAAUGAUUUGAAAUUUUUAUUUAAUUAAUUAAUUUAGAAUAUUUUUCCAUGAUUACAUGAUUCAUAUUCUUUCCCUCUCCUCCCCCCUUCCCCCAUAGCCAAUGAGCAAUUCCACUGGGUUUUACAUGUGUUGAUUAAUCAUUUUUAAAGCUUAAAAAUCUGUCUCUCCCUAUAUUAGGAGACCAGUGUCAAACUGAGGAAGGACUGGUCCCAAUUUGCUAUGCAGCUGGCAUGCAUUGCUUAAUGAAUUGAUAUGCUCAGAAGUUCAAACCUUUGUUUCCUUAGCCAUUUCAUCUUUCACCAAUCACAAUAAAUCUAAUCCUUCUUCCACAUUAAAAUCCUAUUGUGUUUAAAGUCUGUGAAAAUUUAUAAAUCUUAAACAUUUGAAAAAUGCUAUCAUUUUCCCUCCCUCUGCCUUCUCUACUUUAGGCUAAAUCUCUGUUCCCUCUUAUCACUACAACCAACAAAAUAUUCAAUGAGUGCCUGUUUUGUACACAAUAUUAUGCUUAACAUUCAAAUGGAUACAAAGAAAUAUAAACUGGGCUUUGAUGGCAAGGAGUUCAUAAUUCAAUUCUGGAAAUAAGAUAUAUAUAUACAUAUAUAUAUAUAUGUAUAUGAAAAUAUAACUGGAAACACAAUGCAAUACAUGGUAAGUACCAAUGAAUAGAGAACAGAGGAAGGCAACAUCACUCUAUCGAGCUAUUGAGGUCAGGGAAGCCUUCUUAGAAGAGGAGAGAUUGGGGCUAGAUUUUGAAGAAUGGGUGGGAUUUGUAUCGUAGGAGAAGGGGUUCUGAUAAGGGGAGGAAACAUAAGCAAAGACUUGGAGUGGCAAGAUGAAAGAUCUUUUCAAGCUAUUGUGUGUAGACAAAUUUGAUGUCCCGACAUUUGGUCAUGCCCAACUCUUCAUGACCCUGUGGACCAUAUCACUCCAAUAAUGCCUUGAAGUUCUUGUAUAAUUGAAAAUCAGUUACCCUAAAAAAAAGAACUACAUUUCCUGGAAGCCCACUGACUGCCUAUCAUUAAGUACUUCCUAUAGACAGAGGAUAUAAUUCAAGGAUGGAGAGUCCUGUCUCUUCUUGGGCUUGCAGCCAGUGGUGAUGGUGGUGAUUAGGGAUUUUAAAAAUGGCUAACCAGCCAUGGGCAUGUGAUUUUUAUUUUGUACCCUCUUUAUUCUUUGAUUUCUAAUGAUCUUCAAUAAACUUCCUUAAAAUAUAAUAUUUCUAUUAUUAGAGAUUAAAUUUUUACAAUUGGCGAACAAAAGGGAUGAAAAACUUUCCAUUUUUUCUAAGAUAGCCUAAAUAACUUUUUUAAGCCACAUUUCUCCUGCCAAGGCUUUUUGUCCACUGCACCCACCCUCAAAAACUCCAACUCUCUUUGGAGCUGCUUCAUUUUUCUUUUUCUGCUUUUUGCCCGGUUGCUUGCUCUCCCUACUGGCCAGGCUAUUUUUAGCCAGGGGACUCUUGGUGAAGAAGAGAUAAACCACUUGUCUUGCCCAACUUCUUGAGUCCUCAUUCCUCAUUCAUCCUUCAUUUCUCAUUCCUUGCUGCUGACUCUGGUGUUGCUGAUACUGCUUCCUCCAGCCCCUGACCCCAAUCACUCAUUGGGCCCCCAGAAACUCUGCUCCUGAUCUCUGGCCUCUGACCCAGAUCACUCAUCCAACCCCAGGCUCAGUCCUAGGACCCAGGCUGCUGGUAGCUGCCACUGUAUCUUUAGAAUUACAAACCAACUGGUAAAAACUGGGGUGUGCUUUCCUUAGGCAACAAUUAGCCUUCACGUGGCAGGGGACCUCAGGGUGUGUGUGUGGCGGGGAGGGAUGAAGAGAAGGAAGAGACUCUUCCAGACAGGAAGUUGAUUACAAGCAUGCCGCGUUCUAUAAAAGAGCAGUUCAUUGCCUGUUUCAAACAGCUUCUACCAUUCAUGAGUGCACUGAUCCUUUCAUUUAUUUUGCCUGAUAUUCAGGGGAGAAAUUCAUUUGGGCCUGCCCAAUUUGAGAUUCCUAAAGCCCAUAUUCUCCCUUGCUAUUAGAUAUCCCACAGUGCUGACAAUAGGGAUAUGAGUUUUAGAAAAAGGAAUUUUAAAGGGUCUGGAGGUGAAAUUUUAAGCCUUGUCAGACUCCAUUUUUUAAAUGAAAGUCUUUGCAUUUCAUUGUAUUUUGCUGAUUGUUUUGUUUAAGAUUUAAUUUUGUUGUUUUAAGUUCAUAUAUAAAUGUAUUCAAUACUAUUCUGUUACAUUGAAUCAUUUUAAUGUACUGGAUUUUAACUAAUGUUAUAUUCUGUUACCUUUUCCCUAUAACUAUACUGAACAAAUAUUGAAUAAGCCCAUAAAAAAACAGCCUUUUUUUUUCUAUUUUGACUUUGUAAAUUGUCACAUAGAUGAUGAUGGAUGGAUUUCAACAAAACUGGUUAAAUUGUGUGCAACCUUUGGAGAAUUUAAAUGAUAAUUCUAAAGGGUCAUCAGAAAUAAUUUUAGCAACUAGUAGUUUCUGAAUGGAUGAUUUUUAAAAAUACUUAUAUAUAUUUUAAAGAAUUCUGUAUUAAAGGUAGAGAAACAAAGAAAUAUUCCUAACAAGGUAUUUCUAUGAAGCAGGAAGCCAAAAAGAGCUCCUGAAAAACUCUUCAGUUUAAUUUACUUCCACCAGAGCAAUCUAGAUUUCUUGGUGAUGUUCUAGACCCAAAUAACUUUUACUUUGAAUAAAAAUAUAUUUGCCAAGGUUGGAAGAUUUGCUAUGUCUGUAAAACUUGUGAUAAAUAUCUAUCAGUUCAUGGGUUUCUUUUGGGGGGGUGGCAUACAACAACUUAUGUGAGAUAUGAUAGUGGAUUUGUAUGCUAUUGUAAUUAACUGGGCUAUUGUGAAUUUGGGGGACUUUGGUACUUCUUUGAAUGUGCAUUAUCUACUGUAUCAUUGUUUUAUUCUGAAAAUCAUUUGUACUGACACAGUGGUUAAGUUAAAAAUGAAAUGGAUCUCAGUUUUGGUGAGAAACCUUUGUAUUUUACCUUCCCUUAGCUGACACAGUGUGUCAAUGGGUAUGAGCUAUAUUUUUUUAUUUUUGAAACUUUCAUUAUUGUUUUUCCUAGCAUGUGCAAUAUAGUA